UGCGGUCUUGCACGGGAGAAAGGGCAGGGGCGGUGAGGGAGCCUGCGGGGCCUUGCGCGACAUGGAAGCGCUGGAGGCGACCUGGGCUUUCCUGCGCCUCCUGCUCGCCCUGGCCCUCCUGGCUUUCGGCCUCUACUGCUGCUACAUCCAAUACAUCCACGUGAAAUACGAUUAUAUCCCCGGCGCCCCGAGGGCCAGCUUUUUCUAUGGACAUCUGCCUAUUAUUUGGAGAAUGUUUAAACAAAAAGAAUUCAUUCAUGAUGUCUUUCUACGCUGGGCUGAAGAAUAUGGACCAAUUGUGCGUUUAAAUGUCUUCCACAGGAUCACGCUGCUGGUAUUAAGUCCUGAAGGAGUAAAGGAGUUUCUGAUGUUACCACAAUACCCAAAGGACCGACUUGUGUACAGUCGUCUUUAUAAUAUGUUUGGUGUAAGAUUUUUAGGGAAUGGCUUGAUAACAGAUCGUGACUAUAACCACUGGCACAAGCAAAGGAAAAUUAUGGAUCCAGCCUUCACCCGAAGUUACCUGAUUGACUUGAUGGGAAUCUUCAAUGACAAAGCGGAAGAGCUCAUGCAGGUGUUGGAGGAGAAAGCUGAUGGAGAGACAGAAGUUGAUAUGAUGAACCUGCUGAGGCAGUUGACUUUGGACAUCAUUGCAAAGGUGGCUUUUGGCUUAGAACUGAACUCUCUGAACAAUGACCAGGUACCUUUCGCACAUGCUAUGUCUCUGAUCGGGGUAGGAAUGGCUGCGGGUCGCAAACCUUUAUUCAAGUACAUGCCAGGGAACCGGAAAGUGGUGAAAGAGAUUCAAGAUCAUUUGAGGCUGUUGCGUCGUGUUGGGAAGGAGAGUAUCGAGCAGAGGCGCAAGGCCAUCCAGAAUGGAGAGGAAACCCCCGUGGAUAUUCUCACUCAGAUAUUGAAGAGCGCAGCGCAGGAGGAGGACUGCGAUGAAGAAAGCAUGCUGGACAACUUCGUCUCCUUCUUCUUUGCAGGUCAUGAUACCACUGCAAGUCUGUUGUCCUUCUCAAUCAUGGAACUGGGACGGCAACCAGAAAUACUGACAAAACUUCAGGCCGAAGUGGAUGAAGUUGUUGGUGUAAAGAGAGAUGUUAGCUAUGAAGCUUUGGGGAACCUCCAGUAUUUAUCACAGGUGCUGAAAGAAGUCUUGCGAUUGUACCCACCAGUUCCAGGCACUGUACGCUGGACGGGAAAGGAAGCCGUGAUAGAGGGGGUCAAAAUUCCAGCAAAAACCAGUUUGGUUUUCAGCACAUUCAUCAUGGGGCGCUUGGAAAAGUUUUUCAAGGACCCCCUGAUUUUCAAUCCUGAUCGAUUUGGCAAAGAUCAAUCCAAGCCCUACUAUUCCUAUUUCCCAUUUUCCUUGGGGCCUCGUUCCUGCAUUGGGCAGAUAUUUGCACAGAUGGAGGCUAAAGUGGUGAUGACCAAAUUUCUUCAGAGGUUUGAAUUCCAGCUGGUUCCACCGCAGAGCUUUAAAAUUUUGGACACCGGAACCUUCAGGCCGUUGGACGGCCUAGUCUGCAGGCUGACGCGACGCAACUCUCUGACCUUUAAAGAAGACUAAGCGGAACGGUGAUCUCCAUUGCAUUUUGGAAUUGCAACUGGAUCAUGCCGAAAUGCAUUUCAUAGACCGAUCAGGACUGAAAUGUCUCAUUGUGGAGUUCAGCUAGGAUUUUAAGAUGUCCAGCAGUGUUUAAUUAGGCUUAGAAGGAUGUAAACCUUACAAGGAUUGUCCUGCAAACUGGAAAGGGUUGACAUCAUUGGAAUGGUUCAGCAAAAGCCCUCAGUGACUCUGCAAAGCUGAGUGUUGUUGAAAAACUGCUCUGAGUUCUUGUUCAGUGGUGCAACUCUGAUUCCAUUUAGUACACUGUGAGGAUGAUCAUCCCUCCGCUUGAGUUCAACAGGAGUUGUACACACUUUUCUAAGAUUUCUCUGAAGCCUGUUUUACCAGCCCCAUAAUCCUUCUCUGUCGCCAUCUUUGGCUUAGUUCUACUGUUCGAAAGGCAGGUUCAUUCCCAUGGAUGACUUCUUUCUAUCUUCUAAGCCACUGUGGUGUAGUGGUUAAGAAUGGCAGGCUCUAAUCUGGAGAACCGGGUUUGAUUCCCCACUCCUCCACAUGAAGUCUGCUGGGUGACCUUGGGCCAGUCACAGCUCUCGAUACCCGUCCCACCUACCUUACAAAGUGCUUGUUUGGGGUUGGGGAGGGAAGGCAAUUAUAAGCAACUUUGAGAUUCCUUAUGGUAAUGAAAAGGGUUUUUUAAAAACCAUCUCUUCUAUCUGCCAUUUUUUAGUUUGCCAAUUUUCUCCUCUCUUCGACUCAGCUGACCUGACCAAGCUCAUCCAUAACUUCGCCAUUUGGGCCACUGUAAUGUGCUUUACAUUGGACUGUCUUUGAAAACAGCUUGGAAACUACAACUGGUUCCAACAGCAGCAGGACCAGCUAUUGUCAGAAGACAGCCUUCGGGACACAUUGGCUGCCCGUUUGUGUCCAGCUUGAAAUUGAGACACAAGUUCGAACCCUCGAAGCCCUUCAUAGGUUAGGACCCACAUUUUUGAAGGACCACUUGCCUGAGUACACUAACUAUUCACUCUUCAGACUGCCACCUGUGAAUUGUGACAUAUGUGGCUUGUACUAGAGCCAUCUUUCUCUUGAUAGUAGCUCCCACCUUGUGGAACAGGCUGUUUUGUUGGCAGUAUAAAACUGUUUUAUGCACAAGGCCUUUCAGGUGGAUAUUAUGUUAGAGCUAUUCUAAAACACGUGGCAAUGGCAGGGAACUAACUUCACAAGCUCCGCAGGUGCCCAAUUCAGAUUGGGACCAUGGCGCAGGAGGAGAAAUAGCUUAGCUCCCCCCCCCCAUCGUUUUCCUAAAUGAAAACAUCUGGGAGUUUUAGGUGCCUUGCUGGGGACUCCACGUGUAAAGUUCAUGUGCAGGCCCCCCCCCCCCACAGCAAAGCAAAUUAACACUUCCUGUGGGCCAUUUGGGGUUGAGUAAAGGGAGAAGGACUGUGAUUCAGUAUGAAAGGCUCAGAUUUGCAUUCAGAAGCUCCCAGAUUUAAUUCCUGGAAUCAGACAUUUGGUCAUUAGGGUGAGCAAUGGGUUAAUUUCGAAUUCUAGUUUUAAAAGCCUGGAAAUUUUCAGAAAAGCCAACUAAAGCCAUUUCCCACUGACUUCAUUUAGAUUUUUACUGAUUUUUUUUUCAGGUUUUAAAAACUCAAACCUGAAAAAUUUCAGUUCUUGCUUCUGCAGUUUCUCAAGUUCACAUGGAUUUGAGAAGUUGCAGCGGAGCAAACUGCAACUGAAUGCUGAGCUCAGCAUUCAGUUCCCCCCCCCCCCCUAUCCCCGUUUCUCAAGCCCUGGUGGAUUUGGGAAGCGGCAGAAGUGGGGAGAACUGCGCGAAGCACAGCAUUCGGUUCUUUUCCCGUCCCCUCCCCCCAUCCCACUCCAAAAGCCGAUAAAGCCAAAUCAUGUUCGGCUUUAUCGGCACUGAGGCUAUUUCGGGGGUUUUCGCAGUUUUGGGGUGAUUCGAAUUUACCAAAUCCCCACCCCUACUGGUGAUGUGAAAGAACUCUGCCAGAGGCCCUGGAGUGUCACUUGUGGUCUGAGAAGGCAAUACCAGCCUUGAUGGACUGAUAGUAUGGAGUCAGUCUACGAUAGCUUCACGUGUGAAGUCUGAAAGCCCUUCUCCCCAUUAGGUUGGAGGAUAAUGAACUAACCACAGCUUGUUAAAAAAUGUAGCUCUCCGAGGAAGAGAGUUAAUGGGUUUUUAUUGUAUUUUGUAUGUUUUUAAUAUUGGAAUUAUAAGCUUUCUUGGGCCACAAGAGAAAUAAACCAAGUUUAGAAAUUUAAUAUAAUAAAUUUAUACACACAUGUA